AUUUUCUGCGGCAAAAGAGUUAAAAAGUAUAGAAAAUGUCGAUGAUUUCUGCACGCUUGGCGUCGUCGGUCGCGCGCACCUUGCCCAAGUCGGCCGCACAGAUUGCCUGCAAGGUUGCGUACCCAGCUUCCACUCUCGCUGCCCGUAAGUUCCAUGUUGCCAGCACACAGCGCAGCGCGGAAAUCUCUUCCGUCCUGGAGGAGAGAAUCCUGGGCAUUUCGCCCAAGGCCGAUCUGGAGGAAACCGGUCGUGUGCUGAGCAUUGGUGACGGUAUCGCUCGUGUCUAUGGCCUGAACAACGUGCAGGCCGAUGAGAUGGUGGAGUUUUCCUCCGGUUUGAAGGGCAUGUCCCUCAACUUGGAGGCCGACAAUGUCGGUGUGGUCGUCUUCGGUAACGACAAGCUGAUCAAGCAGGGCGAUAUUGUCAAGCGUACUGGCGCCAUUGUCGAUGUCCCAGUCGGUUAUGAGCUGCUGGGUCGCGUUGUCGACGCUCUGGGUAACGCCAUCGACGGCCUGGGCGCCAUCGACACCAAGGACCGCUUCCGUGUCGGCAUCAAGGCCCCCGGCAUCAUUCCCCGUGUGUCUGUGCGCGAGCCCAUGCAGACCGGAAUCAAGGCUGUGGACUCUCUGGUGCCCAUCGGUCGUGGCCAGCGUGAGCUGAUCAUCGGCGACAGGCAGACUGGAAAGACUGCUCUGGCCAUUGAUACCAUCAUCAACCAGAAGCGUUUCAACGACGCCCAGGAGGAGUCCAAGAAGCUGUACUGCAUCUACGUUGCCAUUGGCCAGAAGCGUUCCACUGUCGCCCAGAUGCUGAAGCGUCUGACUGACGCCGGCGCCAUGAAGUACACUAUUAUUGUGUCUGCCACCGCUUCGGAUGCCGCUCCCCUGCAGUAUCUGGCUCCCUACUCCGGUUGCGCCAUGGGCGAGUUCUUCCGCGACAAGGGAAAGCACGCUCUGAUCAUCUACGACGAUUUGUCCAAGCAUGCCGUCGCCUACCGUCAGAUGUCUCUGCUGCUGCGUCGUCCCCCAGGUCGUGAGGCCUACCCCGGUGAUGUGUUCUACCUUCACUCCCGUCUCUUGGAGCGUGCCGCCAAGAUGUCCCCCGCCAUGGGAGGUGGAUCCCUGACUGCCCUGCCCGUUAUUGAGACCCAGGCCGGUGAUGUGUCCGCCUACAUUCCAACCAACGUCAUUUCGAUCACUGACGGCCAGAUCUUCUUGGAAACCGAGUUGUUCUACAAGGGUAUCCGUCCCGCCAUCAACGUCGGUCUCUCUGUCUCCCGUGUCGGCUCCGCUGCCCAGACCAAGGCCAUGAAGCAGGUUGCCGGCUCCAUGAAGCUGGAGUUGGCUCAGUACCGUGAGGUCGCUGCCUUCGCCCAGUUCGGUUCUGAUUUGGAUGCCUCCACCCAGCAGCUGCUGAACCGUGGUGUGCGUCUGACCGAGCUGCUCAAGCAGGGACAGUACGUGCCCAUGGCCAUUGAGGAUCAGGUUGCUGUCAUCUACUGCGGCGUGCGCGGUUACUUGGACAAGAUGGACCCCGGCAAGAUCACCAACUUCGAGAAGGAGUUCUUGCAGCUCAUGAAGACCAGCGAGCAGGGUCUGCUCGACACCAUUGCCAAGGAGGGCGCUAUCUCUGAGGCCACCGAUGCCAAGCUGAAGGAUAUUGUUUCCAAGUUCUUGGCCACCUUCCAGGGUUAGAAAUUGUAACAUCAGUCAACCGCGCGGUUUAACAUCUUAGAUGCGGCGGAGAGAUUACCCUAAAAGCAAGAUCAAUAAAGUAGAAUAUUGUCUAAGUCGAAAGUCCCCUAACAAUUUCAUUACUGCCCAUUGCCGCGCGCAGAUCUAAUAAUCAAGAAUAACAUCAUAAAGAAGCCUACACUACAACUUAAGAUAAACCAAAUUAUACAAAACAAAAGAAAACCCUUUUGCGCAUUCAUGUUUUCCUGCGUUUCCAGCCAGCUCCGUGCCCCGACACGUCGCCCAACGCCACAAAAUGCCACAAAUCUUGGGAGAGAGGGAGAGCAGGCGGAAGGCGGCGGACGGGGCACGGAAUGGACGGAUCCAGUUUCGAAUUUCAGCGACAUCCGUGUGGUUCUUCCAACCAUAAGAUAAUGAUAAUGAUAAUCCUGCAUUGUUCUUCUACCCUAAAAAAUUGUGUAAUCAAUAUUUUAAAUAUUGUAAUCGAGAAUAGUCGAAUACUGUCUGUGGAUGAUUGUGAAACGAUGAUGAAAUAAAAACGAUACUAAAUUAUACUUUAAA